AUGCGUGGAGCUAAUUGCUUGACCGAUCACCAGCUACUAAGAUCAAAGAUUGCAUUUGCUUUACGUUCAAAGCGUAGGAAGCAAGGAGCUACUAAACUUGCAAAGCUGAACACAGACCGGCUACACGUCAACACACAACGGCUAAAGCUAGAGCAAGAUAUGGAGAAAGCUCUGGCGACUUGGGGAGUGCAAGAGGGAAUGGCAGUUGAUCAGACCUGGGCAUCACUCAGCAAAGUAGUAUAUGACACAGCGAGCAACACCCUCGGUAAACCAGAGCGAAAACACCAGGACUGGUUUGACCCAGAAGACUCCGAGCUUCUGAUACUCAUGAAGAAAAGGAAUGAAACACACCAACGUGUAUUACAGACUAGAAGCACCAGGUCAACCACCACCGCAUACAAGGAAGCCUGCAGACACUUGCAGAGGUACACACGGAAAAUGAAAACCACCUGGUGGGAGAAAAAGGCAGAGGACCUGCAGCGCUCCGCAGACAAUAAUGACAUGAAGUCCUUCUACACUGGACUGAAAGAAGUCUGGGGCCCCCAGACUAGGAGUACAGUUCAUCUCAAGUCCCUGGACGGUAACACAACCUUUUCAGACAACAAAAGGGUGCUUGAACGAUGGUCGCAGCAUUUUGAGACACUACUCAACCAGCCAGGAGAUAUCGAGCCUGCAGCGCGUGAUAGGAUCAACCAGCGACCUGUAGUUACUGCACUCGAUGAUAUUCCAACACGAAAAGAGCUAAACCUGGCAAUUGCCUCCUUGGGUGAUGGCAAGGCACCCGGAGUGGAUGGGAUACCAAGCGAGAUAUGGAAGCACGGAGGAGCCACACUAACCAACAGUUUACUAAUGCUGAUACAACAAGCAUGGGCAGAAGGCUCCGUACCUCAGGAAUGGAAGGAUGCUAAUAUUGUCGCCAUCUUCAAAAAAGGAGAUAGAACUCAAUAUAUAUUGCCGGAGACGCAAUGCGGAUUUAGGAACAACCGCAGCACAGUAGAUAUGAUCUUCUGCCUCAGACAACUACAGGAGAAGUGCAUUGAGCACAACCGAUCCCUCUAUGUGUUUUUUGUCGAUUUCACGAAAGCCUUUGACACUGUUGGUAGGACAGGUCUUUGGGAACUACUACGAAAGUAUGGAUGUCCCGAGAAGUUCACCGGAAUGGUAGAGUCCUUACAUACGGGUAUGAUGGCUUAA